AUGUUUCAACCGUUUGCUGCAGAUGUUAACAGUGAUGUGAUUAAUUUUCACUCAAGUCGUGAUGUUCAUGGAUUUGGCUACGACAUGCGUACACAUGACUUUAAGGUGAUUAGUCAUGUGAGCUUUAGAGCCCCACGGUUGAAUCCACGCAAAGGUUUUGUGGCAUUGGGUGAUACAUCAAUAGAACGCUUUUGGGAGAUAUAUAGUUUAAGAAGUAACUCUUGGAGAAAACUUGAUGUUGUUAUGCCAACAACAACAUAUGGGAAUGGGAUAACGAUGGGAGUGUACUUGAAUGGACUCUGUCAUUGGGGGUGUAUUAUAGGUCAUUUUCACUCUAAAAGAGAAUCAAAUUUGGUGUCGUUUGAUUUGAGCAAUGAUGUGUUCUUUACCACACCCAUACCCAUGGACAUAGAUCGAUGUAUUAAUGUAGACAAUAAGUGUUCAUGGAGAGACUUGGCGGUGUUAAAUGGAUCCAUUGCGUUGAUCACAUAUCAAGAACAAAUGGCUACUUUUAACAUAUCAAUUUUGAGUGAAUUAACUGUGAAGGAAUCAUGGAUCAAACUCUUCAUUGUUGGACCUCUGUCAUGUGUCGAGCGUCCUUUUGGAGUGGGAAAGGGCAAAAUAUUCUUCAAAAAAAAAGUUAAAAAACUAGCUUGGUUUGAUUUAAGUACCCAAAUGAUUGAGGACCUUGAUGUUAAAGGAGGAGAUAGUCGUGGUUAUCGGAUAGUAGUUUACAAGGAAAACCUUCUUCCAAUUGGUGGAAUAAAUAAGUAA